AUGGAAGCAUCUAAUACAAAUACAAGCUGGAAAGACAAACCACCCUACGCUUUUACGGGUGAAAGUAAAUCGUUUAAGGCCAAAUAUUCUGCUCAAUGUUAUUGUGGUAGUGUUCAAUACGAGAUCAAUGAUGAUCCUGUCGAUUCCACUUAUUGCCAUUGUAAAGGAUGUCAACGGCUACAAGGUGCUCCAUUACAAUGGGCCAGCAUUUUUCACAAAUCUUCGAUUCGUUUUACAAAAGGUGUAGAUCAGUUGAUCUUCUAUAAUAAUUCAACUAAUAAACAAACACAUGAGUUACCAUGUAAGGUUUAUUGUCGAGAUUGCCGUACACCGUUAGCUGAUGAAGGUCGGAAUAUGUGGUUGGCAUUUCCGAUGUUAUUCAAACAAUUUGAUGAAAUGAAAGAAAAACUAAGACCAUCGUGUCAUCUAUUCUAUGGACAAAGAUGCGUGGACAUCAAAGAUGGACUACCGAAAUUUGAAGGACAUAAAAAUAAAUCACAACAAAUUCAAGAAUAA